UCAUUAUCAACAAAACGCCAGCCAAUAUAUAUCCAAGUCCAGAACAGAAUUAUUAAACAAUUGCACCGCUAAUGAGCAGAAUACUAGCCGAUACACCCACAAACCGUUCCCCCAUCCCCGUAUAUUUAGCAACGUGUCAAUUUCACGGUACGCUAAAUUCAAUUUAAGAAUAUCUCGAAUACAUUUGUGGACAACGGAGGCGAUGGCUAAAAACUCGAAAUGGAAAAAUGAUUACUCCAAAUAGCCUAGGGCCACGGUCAAAGGGCUUCCAAAUUGUUAUAUUCACAUCACCAACAGGACCAGCAGCACGACCACCGAAACGGAGGACUACAACGACUCCAAUUCCUAUUAUUCCUUGCCAGCAAAGCUAAGCGGGAACGUGAACAUCUCCCACCACCAAAAAAAGUAAUCUCAUAUUUCCUUAUACACCACCCCCGCCCACCCCUUUUGGAACAAGCCCAGUUCGAAGAUGCGUUCCCGCAAAGUGCUGUUAGUGAUUGGUUUUUUGAUUACGUGGACCUAUGUCACCUAUUACAUAUUGCUACGCAGCACUGGGACUCAUAUGACCUAUUUUCAAAAGCAAAAACUGGUUCAUUUGGGCGAUCAAGCGAGAGAGCAAAGUCAACAUAGUCGCAAUCUGAAUAGAAAUGUUAUAGAAUUUUUAAAAAUUAAAUAUUUAGAGCAUACACAACAACAAAUAUCCUCAACAACGCCCCGAAUUAGCAUAGUGGCAGCUGAGAUAUCCAAUGAAUUGGUGGACCAACAGCAGCAGGAACAAAUAGGAGAGGAGGACCCAUCAAAAUCUCGUAAAAUACCCACUCAGACAUAUCUCUCGAAUGGUGAACCAGUUAUACCCAUUUUGGUAUUCUCCUGCAAUCGGAUAACGGUGAAAAAAUGUUUGGACAAUCUAGUGCAAUAUCGUCCCAGUGUCGAACAGUUUCCCAUUAUUGUGUCACAGGACUGUGGCGAUGAGCCGACUAAAGAGGUGAUACUCUCCUAUGGAAAUCAACUAACACUGAUAGAGCAACCCGAUUUAAGUGAUAUCAGAGUUUUGCCAAAAGAGAAGAAAUUUAAAGGUUAUUAUAAGAUAGCCCGUCAUUAUGGCUGGGCCUUAAAUACCACAUUUCAAGUGGGUUUCGAAUUUGUGAUCAUUGUCGAGGAUGAUUUGAAUGUGGCCCCAGAUUUCUUUGAAUACUUCUUGGGUACACAUAAAUUGCUCAAACAGGAUUCCAGCCUGUGGUGUGUAUCCGCCUGGAAUGAUAAUGGCAAAGCAGCGGUCGUAGAUGCAUCCAGGCCCGAAUUACUAUAUCGAACUGAUUUCUUUCCGGGCUUAGGCUGGAUGCUGACCAGAGAUUUGUGGAGUGAAUUGAGCGUAAAGUGGCCCAAAUCCUUCUGGGAUGAUUGGAUACGUCAUCCUCAGCAACGCAAGGAACGUUCUUGCAUUAGACCAGAAAUCUCGCGUACUCGCACCUUUGGCAAAAUUGGUGUUUCCAAUGGCCUAUUUUUUGACAAAUAUCUUAAACACAUUAAGCUCAGUGAGGACUUUGUAAGAUUUAGUAAAAUUAAUAUGACUUAUCUGUUAAAGGACAAUUAUGAUAAUACAUUUCUUCGUCAAGUUUAUACCUAUCCAAUUGUCACCUAUGAUGAAUUGAGACGUAAUUUAAUAGCAGCCGAUGGACCAGUGCGAAUACAAUAUACCACAAGAGACCAAUAUAAACGUAUGACACGGCUGUUGGGUCUAAUGGAUGAUUUUAAGAGUGGUGUACCACGCACUGCCUAUCAUGGGAUUGUAUCAUUCUAUUAUAACAAACGCCGAGUUCAUUUGGCACCGAAUGCCAAUUGGAAGGGCUAUGAUUUAUCCUGGAGCUAACAUCACAAAAAUUGAAGCGUGGCAAGGAAAUGCAAUACCAAAAAAUAGUCCUACAUAUAUUAGACAUAUAUAUAUAAACUAUAAUUAAUUUGUUAUAUCAAUUUAAAUUGGAACUAAGGAAUCUCCUGCAUAAUGAUAUUUGAAACAAAGAGUCUCCACUAAUGUAAAUAAGUCACAUAUAUUUUAUGUUUAUAGAA